GCAAGGGUACUAAGCUGAGCUGAGAAUUGGGAGCUGGCUAGACAGGUCUGUGUGCAGCAGGCCCUGCGGACUUUCGGCGGGCGGAACCUCACGCGUCGAGACUGGGGCUCAGGAAGGCCGGUGACCUCGAGAGUUUAAGAAACGGAAAGAGCUCAUCUAUUUGCAACUGCUAAGUGGUAACUCAGUGAGCAAUUGUGGUUAUUGUGGCUGGUGCUGCCCACUAAACCCCUACAUUGGAUAAUGUACGUUUUACACAACUGAUUAAAAUAAUAUCUAAAUUGCUUUCAACUUUUUGAGGAUCCUUUGGAUGACUUAGGUGUGUAUAAUACCCUUAACCCAUUGAGAGUCCAGUUUUUAGUGAAAAAGCAUUGAGCUCAGAGCCAAGACCUACCUCCUUAUCAAUUUGAUAUUGUGCAAGUCAUCUUACCUCUCUGGAUCUCAGCUGCCUCAUCUGUAAAAAGAAGAUAAAAAAUUUUAACCUAUCUGAAGAUGAGGUGGAGGACUGUGCUACUGCGGCAUUGUUUUCUCUUGGUUACGUGUCUACUCACUGCUCUCGAAGCUGUGCCUAUCGACAUAGACAAGACAAAAGUAAAAAAUCCUCACCCUGUGGAUAGUGCAAAGAUAGAUCCACCAGACACUGGACUUUAUUAUGAUGAAUAUCUCAAGCAAGUGAUUGAUGUGUUGGAAACAGAUAAUCAUUUCAGAGAAAAGCUCCAGAAAGCAGACAUAGAGGAAAUAAAGAGUGGGAGGCUAAGCAAAGAGCUGGAUUUAGUAAGUCACCAUGUGAGGACAAAACUUGAUGAACUGAAAAGGCAAGAAGUUGGAAGGCUAAGAAUGCUAAUUAAAGCUAAAUUAGAUUCCCAUCACGACACAGGCAUAGACCACCAUGCUCUGCUGAAGCAGUUCGAGCACCUGAACCACCUGAAUCCUGACAAGUUUGAAUCUACAGACUUAGAUAUGCUGAUCAAAGCAGCUACUAGUGAUCUGGAACAUUAUGAUAAGACUCGACAUGAAGAAUUUAAAAAAUAUGAAAUGAUGAAGGAACAUGAAAGGAGAGAAUAUUUAAAAACGCUGAAUGAAGAAAAGAGAAAAGAAGAAGAAUCCAAAUUUGAAGAAAUGAAGAAAAAGCAUGAAAAUCAUCCUAAAGUUAAUCAUCCAGGCAGCAAAGACCAGCUGAAAGAGGUGUGGGAGCAGACCGACGGCCUGGACCCCAACGACUUCAACCCCAAGACGUUUUUCAAAUUACACGAUGUCAAUAAUGAUGGCUUCCUCGAUGAACAAGAAUUAGAAGCCCUAUUUACCAAGGAGUUGGAGAAAGUAUAUGACCCCAAAAAUGAAGAGGAUGAUAUGGUAGAAAUGGAGGAAGAAAGGCUUAGAAUGAGGGAACAUGUAAUGAAUGAGGUUGAUUCAAACAAAGACCGAUUGGUGACUCUAGAAGAGUUUUUGAAAGCUACAGAGAAAAAGGAAUUCUUGGAGCCAGAUAGCUGGGAGACAUUAGAUCAGCAACAGUUCUUCACAGAGGAAGAACUGAAAGAAUAUGAAAGUCUAAUCUCCUUACAAGAAAACGAACUCAAGAAAAAAGCAGAUGAGCUUCAGAAACAGAGAGAAGAGCUACAGCGCCAGCAUGACCAGCUGGAGGCGCAGAAGAUGGAGUACCAUCAGGUUGUACAGCAGAUGGAACAAAAAAAAUUACAACAAGAAAUUUCUCCAUCAGGGCCUGGUGGACACUCUCAGUUCGAGCCACUCAUUUAAUGUCCGAGGUCGUCACUCACCAGAACUUGGAAGAAAACUAUAACAUCAACAUCUGUGUCAUCUUCUUACCUCCCUUCCUCUUUCUCUACUCAAUAAAUAUUUUAAAGCAUA